AUGGAAGCAUCACCAGAGUUUUCUGAACGAUUGGAAGCAUAUUUAAAAUCACAAACUAUAAAAAGGUUUGAUUAUUCGCAAUUUAGAGAUGUUAAACGUAUUGGCGAGGGUGGUUAUGCAGUUGUUUAUUCGGCAGCUUUCAAUGGACAGACCUAUGCAUUAAAAAGUCUAAAUAAUAAUUUGAAAUUUGAAAGAAAAGAGUUCAAACAAUUUAAACAUGAG